CUUGGGUUUGCAGGAUUUUCUUUUUUAAAAUUGUUGCAAAGUGUGUCUCGUCUUACAGUUCGACAAUUUCUGAUUUUUUUAGGUAUCUAAUCACAAUAGCUCAUUAUCAACUGAUAACUUAGGAACUAUGCUCUUAGAAGAUAACAACUUUAUGUGUUCUUUGUUCAGUUUCUUUCCUCAAUUCAGCUUAGUCGGCUCAGUUUUUAUAGAUUUUAUUCAAUUUUUGCAUCAACUAGCUAUGGACAAGUGGAUUGGCAAGAUUGCAGUAGUCACUGGAGCUUCGUCAGGCAUUGGAGCAGCCAUAGUCAAAGAUCUAGCUCAAAACGGUUUAACUGUCAUUGGACUAGCUCGUCGCUCUGAAAAAGUCGAUGAAAUCGCAGCAGAACUAAGCUCAGCUUCUGGAAAAAUUUAUUCACGCAAAUGUGACAUCGGUGAUUUAAACUCCAUCAAGGAAACCUUCAUGUGGAUUGAGAAAAAAUUCCAAAAAGUCAAUAUUCUCAUCAAUAACGCUGGUCUAGCUUACAUUGGAGGUGUUCUCGAUUCCAGUGAAGAUCAAACAACCAAAUUAAAUGAAAUCAUCAAUGUAAACUUUACUGGACUCGUCCAUACAACAAGAGAAUCUUUCAGAUUAAUGAAAGCAUCAAAUGAGUACGGAAUGAUCAUUAAUAUUAGUUCAGUCUUGGAUUCAGUCAUUCCAUUCCCAACCAGAUCAUUGGUUUAUCCAGCAACAAAACAUGCCGUCCGAGCAUUGACUGAAAUAAUUAGACAGGAACUGAUUGUAGGUGAAAAUGAUAAGAUUAAAGUGUCAAACUUAAGUCCAGGAAUUGUGGAAACAAACAUUGUUAGUGCUGCUGGUUUGGAGAAUGCUGAUCAGUUCUACAAAAGUGUAGCUUGUCUUCAGCCCAGAGACAUUUCAGCAGGUGUGCUGUAUUUGCUUGGUACACCUCAUAAUGUGAAUGUGACUCAGUUGACGAUUAAGCCAGUUGGGGAAAAAUUGUAAAUGGAGUUAAAUAAAAUAAAAAGUUGA